AUGAAAAACAAAUCCAAAGGCAGAUCGAAGGGUAAAGGAAUGAACAAACUCAAGAAAGACCACACCAACAACAACAACAACAACAAAGACAGUACGUGGCUGAAACAUCUCAGUAUCGGCUUCACGAGCUCGAGCGAAACAAUCACUGAGGUGAACUCAGGCAGGCUCUCAGAGAUCACAACCCAAAUUGAAACAUCCCUUCGAAUCGAAGACGAUGCCCUUAACAAGUCACUACUUUCCAAAACCGAGGAUAUCAACGCAGAAACGACAAAGAAGGAAAAUGAAGCCAACACCAACGGCGAUGGGGGGUUACCUAGAGUAGGCUCGCUCAAAAGACGGUUGAAGAUGACCUUCACUGGCAGCCCCUUGAAACUGCCCGGCGACUCCGAUAGGCACAGCUGCCAUAUUCACUCCCAGGAUAAAGUGACUCGCUCGGAACGUUCUGGUUCCGGCACUGCUAGUUUGACGGAUAGCAACACAAUAGGGACGCAUGGGAGUAUUCACAGCCCGACAAAGCAGUCCCCGACUACUCCUCCUACCCCCAAAUAUUUGAAGUACAUCAGGGCGACUAACGGUAAGUCUGUUCAGUCAUUUUAUGAAGUGUCUUACUUGUGGCUUGUUAGUGAUUGA